CUCCAAAGCAUUACCGUUUGUUUUCUACAUCUCGACACGCCUAUACAAGAAAGAUGGCCAAAAUAUCGGAAUACCGUGUCCUUUCCUUCGAUGUCUACGGAACUCUUAUUGAUUGGGAAUCUGGAGUACUUGCAGCUCUGCAGCCCCUCCUGGACGCCAACAAUGCCAAAUUCUCUCGUGAGCAUCUUCUUGAGACUUACCACGAUCUGGAACAAGCCCUACAAGCCAAGGAGCCGGAUCUGAAGUACGCUCAGUUGCUCACCGAAAUUCACCCGCAAAUAGCCGCACGUCUGGGCCUGCCUGAACCAAAUACACCACAAAAUGAGGCGUUUGGUCAGUCUGUAGGCAAAUGGCCUGCUUUUUCCGAUACGGUUGAUGCACUGUGGCGUCUCGGUAAGCACUACAAGCUGGUAGUGCUGUCGAACGUGGAUCACGAGUCUUUCGUGGGGACGAACGCUGGACCACUGCAGGGGACACCGUUUAACCUGGUGAUUACAGCGCAAGACGUUGGCAGCUACAAGCCGGACCAGCGGAAUUUUGAGCAUAUGUUGCGCGAAGUCAAAGAAAAGCUAGGAGUGGAAAAGGAGCAGGUGCUCCAAACGGCACAGAGCCAGUUUCAUGACCAUCAUCCUGCUAAGAUCAUUGGGAUCAAGUCGAGCUGGAUUGUGAGGCCGGGUGCCGUUAUGGGCAAUCGAGAGAAGGAGACUUUCGACUGGAAGUUCGAUACUCUGGGUGAAAUGGCGGAUGCCGUGGAAAAAGAGUUAAAUGAAGUGUAGGGAAGCUGGAAGCCGGAAUGGUUCAAUAGAGCUCUUUGAUUUCCAGGCUUUACGUACAUGGUUGAGUUGAGUUGAGUUGAGUUGAGUUGAGUUGAGUUGAAUUCAUUUACCCUGACCCAUCGCCCUGAGCGAUAUGCAGGCUACAGACUAUUCAAAGGAAUACGCUAGGGAUUUACAUUGGUGAUUUAAUCUGAGAGUAUAAGGAGAAAGCGGAAACAGAGAUAGGACAAAGGAAAGGUAGAAGAAUGGGAAUAAGAUAGGGUUUUACUAGUUGAUGUCGUCUCUACUCUGGAACCUUUUUGUUUGUUGAGCGAAUUCAAGUACCCUUUUAAGUUGUGCGGCCG